AUGCGUCUGCGGAUGGAGAAGCUCAUAAAGGAGCACCAGCAGAAGAUCGUGGAUGAACUAUCCAGGAUUGAUGGAAAAUCAUUCAAAUCUGAUACAUGGAGCCGCCCCAGCGGCGGCGGUGGCAUCUCCUGCGUUCUGCAGGAUGGUAACGUCUUUGAAAAAGCUGGCGUCAACGUCUCAGUUGUCUACGGCAAACUGCCUCGCCCAGCCAUUGAGAAGAUGCGCGCAGAUCACAAGUCCUUCGUCGCCGCUGACGUCGACUCUCUGGACUUCUUCGCCGCAGGUCUCUCCCUCGUUCUGCACCCAAAAAACCCCAUGGCCCCAACCGUCCACCUCAACUACCGCUACUUCGAGACUGCAGACCCAAAGAACCCGCUCAGCGGCGACAAGAACUGGUGGUUUGGGGGCGGGACAGAUUUAACGCCCUCAUACCUAUUCCCAGAGGACUGCGAACACUUCCACAAAACAAUCAAGAACGUCUGCGAUAAACAUGACGGCACUUAUUACCCGCGCUUCAAAAAAUGGUGCGAUGAGUACUUCUACAUUCCCCACCGCGGUGAGGCGCGCGGUGUCGGCGGUAUCUUCUUCGAUGACCUCGAUGCAGAAUUCUUCAACCGCUCUUCCCAUUCCACACUCCACCCCCACUCCCACGCCUCCUCACAAAACGCCCAGGAAGCCCUCUUCUCCUUCGUCACGGAUGCCCUUGCCUCCUUCCUCCCGUCGUACAUCCCCAUUAUCGAAAGGCGCAAGGAUAUGCCUUUCACCCCUGCGGAGAAGGAGUGGCAACAACUCCGUCGCGGCCGGUAUGUGGAAUUUAACCUCGUGUAUGACCGCGGUACGAGCUUCGGGUUGCGCACGCCUGGUGCACGUGUGGAGAGUAUACUGAUGAGUCUACCGCGGACGGCCGAGUGGAAGUAUAUGGAUCCCGUCUCGGGAACAAGAAUUGAUGAUGGUAGUUCUCGGGUUCCUGGCGGGGGGGAUGAAAGCGAUGCAAUCGAUAGUGACGAUAAGGCAAGGGAAAGAGAGUUGAUGAACGUCUUGAAGAAUCCGAGGCAGUGGGCUUAA